AUGACGGAGGAUAGUAACGUUAGGGUUUCUUCUUCGAAUGAAGCUUCGCAAACAAGACAGAGAAAGAAGAGAAAGUGGGAUCAACCAGCAGAGUCAUUGUUACCCGCUGGGAUGGCAGUCCCUGGAGUUCUUCCUUUGAGCAAUUCUGUGCCUCUUGGUGGGGUUGUAUUUCCGGGUGUGACUUCAGCAAUAUCUGGUGCUCUUUUGACAAAUCCUUUGACAGCUGCAGCUCUGCUUCAGCAGCAAAGCACGGUGGCGGCCCAAAAAUUGAAUCAACAAAAGAUUCAAGAUGAGUUGGUAAUUGCUCGAGAAAUCGUCAUAAAUGAUGCAGAAUCUUCUAUUCGUUACAAAUUGACAAAACGCCAGACACAAGAGGAGAUCCAGAGGUGCACUGGUACUAUAGUUAUAACUAGGGGCAAGUAUCGACUGCCCAAUGUGCCGCUCGAUGGUGAAAAGCCGUUGUAUCUCCACAUCUCUGCAGGAGCUCAUAUAAAAGAUACGGCAGAACGGAUUUUAGUUGUUGAUCGGGCUGCUGCGAUGAUUGAAGAAAUUCUAAGGCCGGGGCAAACUUCACAGUCAAUUUCUUCUGCCUCACCUUCGCCUCUGGCUAAUGGACUGAAGGUACUGAGCUCAAGUGUGUUUUUGGGCUUUGAUGCUGACCCAUCAUGGAACAUUGUUGCCCGUAUACGUGGACCAAAUGACCAGUAUAUAAAUCACAUUACCAAUGAAACAGGAGCAACAGUAAUACUGAGAGGACGUGGUUCAGGAAGUGAUGAAGGGUCAAAUGGAGAAGAUGGACAACAGCCUAUGCACCUAUUUUUGUCUAGUGACAAUGCAAAAAGCCUUGAACAGGCUAAGUCCUUGGCGGAAAAUCUUUUGGAUACAAUCAGUAUGGAAUGUGGUGCUUCAAGGAUUUCAUCAUGUAAAGCUUAUAGUGCUGUUCCACCUCCACAGCCUGUAUAUACUGCUGUUCCGCCUCCACAGCCAGUAUAUACUGCUGUUCCAUCACCCCAGCAGGUUUAUAGCGGCCUUACUGCCAUUUUGCCCCUACAACAAGGUUAUAGUGCUGUUGCACCCCCACAGCAGUUGUUGGCUGGAGUUCAGAGUUUGGCAGCAAGCACAGGCGUAACCACUACUUCAAUGUCAUUGACUGCAGUUUCGACACCAAUUCCUCUAGCAAACACGAUUGGUUAUACUCCUCCUUUAGUAUCAGGUGGAACUAGCUAUAUUGGAUAUGGUGGAAUAUAUCCUCAAGCUACCCCAUUACAACAAGUUGCCCUUGCCCUGAGGCACUCGCCUCCUGUUGCUUCAACAGUUGCUCCCACAACUUCCGGAUCAAGCAGAGAAUCAAAGUCAACCGCAAGCUCUGAUCAUGAAAAAGAGGAUAAACGGCCAUCUCUGCGGAGAAAGUUUCAAGAAUUACCAGUUGUUUCAAAGAACACAAAACACAAUCAGGGAAUGGAGCUUCGAAAACCUAAUGAACAAUAUGAUGACUUGGUAGUGAGGAAUAUAUCGAACAUGCCUGCUCCUAAGAAGUUGAUCCAGCCGUUGUCCAAUGGAAUUCAACCGCCCCCACCAAGAACUAUGCCUCCACCACAUCCUCCAAAAAGAGCUAUGCCCCCGCCGCCACCUCCACCUAAAUUUUAUGAUUCAACUGAAGUUAAAGUACAAGACAGGAGCAAUAAUUCACUGAAGACAAAACCCGAUGCAUUUCCUGAUACUUUGGUCAAGCUAAUGGAAUAUGGUGACGAUGACGACGACGACGAUGAUCUAGAUGAUUCAAAUGAGGAAAUGCUUCCCCGCCCCACCAAAACAAUUGGGGCUCAAAAGCCUUUUUGGGCUUUAUGA